AUGACGGUUGAAGGGCAUUGCAACUGCGGCAGCAUUCGGGUAACCCUCAAUGAGGUCCCGGAAAGCUGCAUUCUCUGCUACUGUGACAAUUGUCGACGGUCAGGUGGCUUAUCGUCCAUGAAUUUCCUUCUCAACGCAUCUACUAUCGUAGUACAUGACCCCGACAACGUUCUACGGAAGUAUACAGACAAGAAUACCACCACCGGAGGAGUCAUAGAGCGACGGUUCUGUGGUACGUGUGGAAGUCCAAUCUUGUCUCUCGACCUCGCGGACCCAGGAACUGUCUUCUUGAAGGCGUCAUUGUUAGACAUUGAAGAUACACCGCAGCCUAGAAAGGAGAAUUUUCCGCACAAAAAACCUCAAUGGAUGGGAGAAGUCAAUUAUCUUUGA